AAAAAUGAACUUGGAAUAUGGUGUUUUAUAAGACUUUUUUAUUUCUUGAUUUUAUCGAUUAUUUGUAUUUUGUAUAACAUUGUUAUUGAAUAGCUAUAGUUGCACGAUAUUCUAGAACUAACAAUGACUUCAGAAGAGAUUGUAACGGAAAAUGUUGGGGCAGCAGGUGAUUUUGAAACGGUCCCAAACUCAAGUUCGACUUCGAAUUCCAGGAAAAGACCAUUUUUAGAAAAUAUUUCAGUUUUUAGUUAUUUGAAGUCAGAACUGACAAGAGGGUAUAUGCUUGAACGUGAUGAGUUUAAGUAUGCGGAGCGAAGAGAAAGGGUUUACACUUUUAUGAAAACACCACGAGAACUUGAAAAGUUCUGCACUUAUGGUUUCUUCCUAUGCUUAGAUGCCUUUUUAUUCAUCUUCACUUUGAUGCCAGUUCGUAUCCUGAUUGCAAUUGUCCGACUUUUUACUCACCCAUGUGGACUCUUUUCCUCCAGUUCUCGUCGUUACCUUGAGUCUGCUCACAUCUGUGAUCUUCUGAAAGGCAUAAUAUUGUUUGUUGUGUGUUUGAUCCUCGAUCACAUUGACACGUCAAUGAUGUACCAUCUGGUGCGGGGCCAGUCCGUCAUCAAACUCUACGUCUUCUACAACAUGCUUGAUGUGUGUGACCGGCUGUUCUCUGGAUUUGGCCAGGACAUCUUGGAUUCCCUGUUUUGGACAGCUACUGAACCCCGGGGCAAGAAGCGAGAACACGUAGGAGUGGUUCCACAUCUUCUCCUGGCCAUCGUCUACGUCAUUAUCCACACACUGUUAAUCUUAUCUCAAGCGACAGUGUUGAAUGUGGCAUUCAAUUCUCAUAACAAGUCCUUGCUGACCAUCAUGAUGUCUAACAACUUUGUUGAAAUUAAGGGCAGUCUUUUCAAGAGGGUAGACAAGAAUAACUUGUUUCAGAUUUCCUGCAGUGAUGUCAAAGAGAGAUUCCACUACGCAAUUCUUUUGUCAGUGGUCUUUGUCCGAAACAUGGCUGAAUUUUCGUGGAAUCUAGAUCAUAUCUGGGUGAUUGUUCCCGAUGUCAUUCUUGUUCUUGGAGCAGAGUUCAUUGUGGAUUGGAUCAAACAUGCUUUUAUUACCAAAUUUAAUGAGAUUUCUUCUGACGCUUAUCAAGAUUUCACGGUGAACCUAAUUCAGGAUAUGGCUUCAAGCAGACAAAAGCAUGCAUUCACUGACCUGGGAGACCAAGUGUCCAGGAGAAUGGGUUUCACUCCGAUACCACUGGCUUGCCUUCUCAUUCGAAUCGUUUCCAAGUCCAUUAAGAUCUCAGGAUACCUCGGAUUAGCUGUCAUGGUGCUUUUGUAUUUAUGUUUGCUGACCUUCAAGAUGAUAAACAGCAUCAUACUCCUGGGUCAUGGGUCUCGCGUGUUGGCACGACACAGACAGAAAUCUGGGAAAACCAAACCUCUCGAAAUCAACUCACAAGUCAUUCCCAAGAAGUUUGAAAAAAAUACAGCUCCUAAAACUGACCAGGACUCCACAUCAGAGACACGCAAACCGACCUCCAGUUCACAGGUUGUCACGGAUACCGGCUUAGUUACCAGUAGUCUGGUGACCACCUCUGCCAGUUCUCAGACAGUGAUUACCAGGACUAGUCCUUCACAUGUUGUAAACAGUUACUGGGAGGCCGAGACGACAGACGCUAUGUCCGAAACGCCCAGUGGGUGGUCAGUUUGCUCGCCCUCCGGACAUGUGACCAUUAGUCAGUGUUCCAGUUCCAGUUCAUUAGAGUGCUUUGCUCAUGGCUCAGAAAUCAACAAGUCCGGAACACAGACUCCCGAUUCGGAAUAUUUUGAAUCAACAAGUCAGGAUCUUCCUCCCACGGUUGUGUCUGCUGUUGACAAAGAUAAGAAAGUUAAAUGAUGGUCAGUGUUCAACAAAUGUUUGAGAAAGUCACUAGCCCUCACAUCUUGGCUAGUGGCUAGAGCUCUAUGUUAUAGAACAGUUGAUAAUUUCGCCUAGCCCAAACCAAAAAUGCACCAGCCGGGAUUGAGGGCUAGUGGAUGUGUCGAAUCCUGAUGGUAUAAAUACUUGUUACUCGUGUUGUUGGUGGUUAUGUCAAAGAGCUGAGCUGUCUUGUAUCUCCAAGUCCUGUGGUAGUUUUUCUGUUUGUCUGCCUUCAUGUAGGCACAGUGGUUGUGUUCAUAAGAACACUCUAAUCACUGGUCAUGAAUUAGGAAUCAGGGCUCACACUGCAACAAAUUUUGGUUUAACCAAUUUUCAGAUAUAUAAAGCAUUUCCUUGAAAAUUAUUAAAAUGUGGUUAAUUUAAGGAAUAUUUUAUUAGCCAAAGACUAAAUAAUAUAGCCACUUUGUAUAGAAAUUAGCAAUUGGCUAAUUUGGCAAUGACCCGUGUGAGCCCUGAGGAAUAACUAUCAAAUCUAUUGAGAUGUCGGACUAAGCACAGUUUCAGUUCUGAAAUGAAAACAAUGUGAGAACUACAUGCAAUUUUGCCAGUGCCAAACAGUGCCAUAACUUUUUAUAAAUAUUUAAUUUAUGAUCUCUGUAUGGAGUCGUACGACAAUGUUUAUUGAGGAAGUGUUGAUACAUUUUGGUUGAUAUGUAUUUUGUCUAUCGGGGUCUACUUUACUAAAUUCUCAUAGCUUUUAUGAUCUCGUGGUAAAAUGCAUAAAGACUUGCAAUGGCAGUGUAAUGUUGCUCCAGACAGCUUUGUGAAUUAGUCCCUAGAUAUAUUAGUGCUAAGAUUGAUCGACAUAUUAAAACCUGACAUCCAAUCGAUGCAUAGGUGUACAGACUCCCAUGUUUGUAGAGGGAGCAGGCUGGCUUUUGCCCGAAUUAAAGAAAAAUGCCUGAAUCUGCUUAACAACUUUUAUUCAUAUUAGCGUUACUACCAAACAGCUAUACAGGGUUGCAACGAAUCACUACGCAUUUUUACAUGGAUUACUACUAAUUUUAGGGUAGAAUGAUGCAGGCAUGACAAUCUUCCGCGGAUCUGCGGAUUUGAAAGCCAUUUAGGUUGUUUCCUUUGAUCGCGUACUGUCCGCGUUACGCACAGUUCGCAAAGCUUUCAGCUGAUUUCAUCAAGUGUCAUUGUCAUGCCUGAUGAUGGAAAUACAUGGUAAAAAUGUCUCAGGUUACCACAUUUUGCCCAAAUAUCUGUUACAUUUUUGCCCGAAUUUGACAUUUUGUUCCAACACGGUCUCCUAUGCUUAUGACCGGAUGUUCAUUAUGUUUGGAAGUACGAAACUAUUAUAUAACAUGAAGAAACUGUUAUUAAUAAAGCGACUGACUUACGGUAAUUGUUGUCCAUGCCCUCAUUAAUUUUGAGUCUUGUGUUGAGGGAUGUUGGUAUUAGUAGUCCAUUCAUUCAAAGAUCCCAAAGAAUGUGACUUUUUUCAGUACAUUAAAACAAAUGCCCUUAUUAUCUGGGAUUAUAGUAUAUUAUGCAUAUUAGUAUUAUUAUUACAUCCAUCUAGUCUGCCUAAAACACUAUCUAGUCUGUGAUUGAUUAGAAAUAUUCUCCACAAAGAUGGCUGGUGUUAAUGAACUAAUGAUUUUGUUAUAUUUAGCUAUUCUUCUGUCUGACAUACAUGUAACUUUUGAUCUGUCUCAAAACAUUUUAUCUCUUUCAUUUGGGAACCAGCCUCGGUGGCGUCGUGGUUAGGUCAUCGG